UAUGAAUAUAUUUAUACUAUUCUUUUUUUCAGGAUUCUACGAAGACAGCAUCGAGUUAGAAUUCACCUGAAUUUGUUUAUAUCAUUUAUUGUACGGAAUAUUGUGGUGAUUCUGUGGGAUAAUUUAGUUUACAAUAACAGGUUACAUAAUCUGGCUAAAGAGACGCUGAUGCAUCAGAAUACGGUUGGAUGUAAAAUACUAUAUAUACUCACCCGUUAUACCCAAGCUGCUAAUUUUUCCUGGAUGUUCCUGGAAGGUUUUCAUCUACACAGACUUAUAGUUCGAGCUUUUAAAGUACCAAAAUCUAUUAAUGGUUAUUAUUUGGCAGGUUGGGUAAGUCCAGUGCUACCUGUAUUAAUAUACAGUAUGAUACGGAUAUACCGUCAAGAUCAAGAGUGCUGGGUACAAAAUACUGGAUAUUAUGAAUGGAUAUUAUACGUUCCUAAUUUAUUGUGUAUAUUGGUAAACGUGUUUUUCUUGUGUGGGAUAUUAAGGAUAUUAUUAAACCAAUUACAGACCCAUCCUAAUGAACCAAAUAAUUAUAGGAAAGCGUUAAAAGCGUCAUUUGUGUUGGUGCCUUUAUUUGGUGUACAAUUAUUCCUGGUUAUAUAUCGUCCACCACCAGACUUAGACAUUUCCUACCCGUUUGAAAUACUUUCAGAAAUAAUGUCCAAUUCUCAGGGAGUUUUAGUGUCUUUAUUGUUGUGUUUUUUUAACCAUGAGGUACGUGCACAUUUAAGAGGAACACUACCAGUUCUAAGAAAGGAUGUGGGAUUAAAACUUGGAGCGCUUAGAAGUUCUACUAAAAAGAAUUACCUAACAAACGCAAAUGAAGAUAAUGACAUCACGUCCUGUAAAAGUAGACUAGACCCAGGUCCAAAAAGUGAACAACCUGAAUCUUACCAAAAUAAUCGAGCUCAUACGUUAUGCCUCUUGACUAAUAAAUGUGUCGUCGCUGUGGAUAAUCAUAACUGAUAAUCAAAUAAAACCAGUUGUUGCUUUUGGUAGGCCUAAUCAAUUCAUGAUCCCGGAUAAAGAGAAAGUAUUUAAAAUGGCCGACGGGAUUUGAUGGCUGUUAAGGGAUGCGAUAAACAACAGGUUUAGUAACAAAAUAGACUAGGUGAAAAAUAAAUUUAGCAUAAAAAUGGACAUUGAAAUGUUGUACCAGUGUUUUAUUUUCGUAUUUGGGUCUGACAAAUUCUUGUCGUGUAAGACUCAUUAUAAAAUAGUGUAGCUUCAAAGCUGAUAUUUAUUAAUUUAUUUAUUUAAAUGAAACCUGUAUGGUCAUGUGCAGAAUAAUAUGUAAAAAGUGAACUAUAUGCGUUUAAUUACUGUGAAAGUGCUAGCCACUAUUGUGUUCGAGUAAAUUAUGGGAUCAUUUGAACUAGAAACGAAUUGAAUCGAAGGGCCACUGUGAGAGUGUUAACCAGAAACCGACAGAUCUGUGGUGUUUGUAGGAGAAUACAUUGUUCAGAAUCUAAAAUUCACGAUAUUAUUUUUUGAAACUUGAACUAAUUACACGACGAAUAUUUAUAACGCUGGCGGGGGGUGGGGUAGGGUUGUGGGUAGAUGUCCGAAUGGUUAGCGCGUGCGGACAAAAAUUAGGGUCGCCUGUCCAACCUCGUGUGUUUUCUCCGGGUCCUCCGGUUUCCUCCAACUGCUAAAGACCCCUACGCACAAGCGAAUUAUUGAAAUAAAAUUGAACCAUAUGUUAGUCCUGAAAUGACCUAGUUUGUGUCGAGUGGAUGUUAAACCCCAUUUCUCUCUCACUCUCUCUUUAUAACGUUGGACAAAGGGAAGUAACCAAGGUUAUCCAAGUGGCCCAGUACAGGCUUCCAAUGAAACACUGGGAAGUGAAUGUGGAGUGAUUGAACAUUAACCAAUGUUUAAAAUAUCUGUGAAUUUUAUAUGUUUAAUAUGAAAUAUUAAUACCAACAUUUAGAACAUAGCACACGAUCUUAAGCAAUUCCGGGAAAUAGUCAGAAGAGCUACGACAAAUUAAAAUGAUUAGGUUUUUAAAACAUUCAG